ACUCCGAUGUGUUAAACUCGACGUGUAAACGUAGUCUAUUUCGAUGUCAGUGGCAGUUCUUGCAGGUGAUAAAGGUUUAUGUUGUCCAUCUGCAAUUCGCGAGUUCGUCGACCAUCUGCGAUGCAACUGUUUGUGACUGGCGUGACAGACAAUGUGACAGCUUGUGUCUGAUUACAAAAAAACAGUGUCGAAGGCAUAAUAAUCCCCUCGAGUUGUUCGACGGAAGCGCAUGAGGAGGAGAUUCUCGUUUUGAUGAACGAUUAGGACAAUCUGCCAAUUGUGUUAUGUCAGUGAUGCUCUUCUUUUACCAGAUGUCACAAUGAAGGAAAUACUAAUUUAUUAAAGAGUAACGCGGAGUUGACCAGAGAAAAUGUCAGAGCCUACGGACAACCAGCUGGAACAGUGCGAUAUAAUCCUGCCAAGACAAGGUCUGUUGUACCAGAAGGAAGAGGUGAAUUUCAUACUCUGCAAGCCAAAAUUGAUCCCACUGAAAUCAGUUACAUUAGAGAAACUUGAGAAGAUGCAGAGGGACGCGGAAAUUAAACUUAAAGAAGCACAAGGAGCAGAGGGUGGUUUUGAUGCAAGCGAAUAAGCAUUUGGUGAUAGCUGGAGAUUAAUGGGAC